GAACAACGUCAGGAGAUCACAUGACAUGACACAGCAGCUCCAGCAACUUCCUCUGUGUGUGUAUGUGUGUGAGGACACUUGACAACAUUAGACAGUUGAACGUCCAGAGCAGCCGCAGCGUCUGCUGUGUCAUCUCCAACAUGUUGGCCCUCAUCAACAGACUCCUGGACUGGUUCAGGUCCCUCUUCUGGAAGGAGGAGAUGGAGCUGACGUUGGUCGGACUUCAGUCCUCCGGAAAAACCACGUUCGUUAACGUCAUUGCGUCAGGACAGUUCAGUGAAGACAUGAUUCCCACAGUGGGCUUCAACAUGAGGAAAGUGACCAAAGGCAACGUGACUAUAAAGAUAUGGGACAUAGGUGGCCAGCCCCGCUUCAGAAGCAUGUGGGAGCGUUACUGCAGAGGAGUCAACGCUAUCGUGUACAUGGUGGACGCGGCAGAUCGAGACAAGAUCGAAGCUUCAAGCAACGAACUCCACAACCUGUUAGACAAACCACAGCUCCAGGGAAUCCCUGUCUUAGUCCUGGGUAACAAACGAGAUCUUCCUUCAGCCCUGGAUGAGAAGCAGCUCAUUGAAAAAAUGAACUUGUCGGCCAUUCAGGACAGAGAGAUCUGCUGCUACUCUGUCUCCUGCAAGGAGAAGGACAACAUAGACAUCACCCUGCAGUGGCUCAUCCAACACUCCAAGUCCAGAAGAAGCUGAAGAUGGCGCCGUUCCAGGCUCACAGGCCUGCUCUGAGACCUGCCUCCGUGAAGUUUACCCCAGUGCUCCUCCUGCUUUGUCUCCUCCCCCUGCUCCUCCUCCUGCACCACCAUACUCUCUGCACCAGUGCAGGGCUGUGGUCUCUGUACAGCACUGCCUCCACCCCCGUCAACUGUCUGGACUUAGAAGGUGGACUGUGGUCAUCGCUCGGUGAAGACUUGGACUCUGGUAUCUGUCCCCCGUCUCUGUCUCUGUCAUGGACUGGCUUUUCACAGCUUUUCAGGUGUUUUCUCUCUUUGUUGCAGAUAAUUAGAGUCGGUUUUUUGUUGUUGUUAUUGUUCUGGUGCCACUCUGAACUCGAUUAUUGCCAAAUGAAGCAGGUUGCACUUGAAGAUUUGCCAAUGAUUGAAAGUUAACGUGUGUUCUUCUGACACAGGCUACAGGUCAGAGGUCAGAGGUCAGAGUGUGAACAGCCAUUGUGUUUGUGACACAGCAGCAGGUGUGUUAAGUGCCUUUGGCCGAGUGAAGAAGUGAGUCUCCUGACAACACACUGACAUGAACCCCAAACGGUAGAAAAUCAAACAUCACUAACGCCACCUGUUGACAAUCUGAUGUAUGUUCUCGAAUCAUGUCGGAAAAACAGACCUGUGUCCACUAGGAGUGAAGCUGUUACAUUCAGACCAGCUGCCUGCUGGCCGUGUGUGUGUGUUAGAUGUGUGUGUGCGUGUGCCUUUUUUAACAAUUACUUUUAUCCUGUGACUUUAACUGUCCGCUGACUGUUGUUUUUAUGUCUCAGGUUGUUUUAAAAAAUGCGUCCUGUUGCUGUUUUGCUCAAGGUUAGAGAACAGAACAGAUGACAGUAGUGGAGUUCAGAGCGCGGGACGUCUGAUGUCAUCCAUGUCCUUCACUGGCCGUGGUGUGAGUCCUGGGGCCACAGGUUUAGCCACAGACAUGACGCUCUGCCUUUUCUCUGCAGCAGAGUGAACUCUUAUCCACUGAGCUCUAAAACCACCUCUGUUAUUAUGUGUUUGUUUUAGCUCCUUAUGUGACACAUGUACUGCAGCAGUCUGUGAUGGUCGUAUAAACCUCCAUGUGGGGACCACAACAGCAUUGGGGGGGAGGGGUGUAUGAGUGGGUGACAGUGUGGAUUAAUCUGAAGAAAAGCUUUUGUUACCUGUUAUAACCAAUGAGCAGUUUGUAUGUGCAUGUACUACACUAACCCACAUUUAACUGCAGGCUUUGUAAAUAAGAAAAUAAGAAAAGAUCGUUUUUAUUCACUGAUUCAUGUUGCUGCAUUCUUUCCCUGUGAUCGCUAUUAAAUUUGUUUUUUAUUUUUACGGA